UGUUAUGACACUUUACCGAAUAUGGACGUUCUUGAACGAGUAUUAACCUGCCAUACGUUCUAAAUUCCCACUAUCACAAUUAUGAAUAUUUAUUUAAAUCGUGGUUGAAAUCGUCAACGUAGCGUUUUGGUGUUACUCGAGAUAAACAUAUUCUGUUAUCAGAACCUCAAUUGUGGUUAAAAUCUAGACAACAUAUGUGAAAAUGAAUACAUGUAAGGAACUUGCUAUUGGGAUCACUCUCUUCCUGAUUGGUGUGUUUGCCCAACCCCUGGACCAGUAUCAACUGCGGUGUCGACUCUGUAACAACGCUCGGACACUAAGCGAUUGCAUGAAACUGGCGAUAUGCGACAACAGGACCGAGGAAUGUUAUAUGGAGCAGGUGAUUACAGACGCCUUUACAUCUCAGUACAGAGGAGGCUGCCGAUCAAUUACACAAUGCAAUGGCGGUACAGCAGUUGCAACAGGAAAGCGGGAUGCGGGCAUCGUUUGCUCCCAAUGCUGCGGAUAUGCAAAUGAUUGUAACAGUCGCCUUUGUGGGAUUAGACAAGAUAAUCUCGCCUCAUCCCUGUGCUACUUCUGUGACGACAUGAAAUCGACCCAAGGAUCGGUGUCUCGUCCUGAGGACUGCAUCACAUUCACCGCAUGUGAUUCUGAUCAAGUCUGCUUUGCUCGCAAUGAAUACAGCCCAGGAUCGCCCGUGACAUUUAGUUACGGAUGCCAGAACACGUUUAUAUGUAAGUUAUUGAUGAGACGAGUGUUUGAAGAUAUGGAUCAUUGUCAUAACAAUACGCUCCAUGAAUGUCAACAUGCAAGUGUCCUAUGCAACGUUUGUUGCGGGGAUUCAGGCUGCAAUUACGGAGAUUGUAAAUCAAUAACAGAGCGUCUAUACCGCCUCCAUAAGAGCGGGAACUUCAACAUGACAACACUCCAGACAACAUCAAGGCCAUAGGCUACAAACGUGUUAUCAAUGAAAUUAAAAAUCCACGAAUAUCUAAGAAAGUUAAUAUUCAUUGUUUACACGAAACCAAAUGAGUCGUUAAACCAAUAAAAUCAGAAUGUUUAUCAUCUCCACA